CCGCGCACCAUGGCAGACGAUGAGAAGGCCGGCGGCAGCCCCGGCGGGAGUUACGCGGGCGGCUGCGAGAGCGCGCACUGCAACGUGCUGAGCUGGGAGCAAGUGCAGCGGCUGGACCGCAUCCUCAGCGAGACCAUCCCCAUCCACGGCCGCGGCAACUUCCCCACGCUGGCCAUGCAGCCCCGCCAGAUCGUCAAGGUGGUGCGGAGCCGGCUGGAGGAGAAGGGCAUCGGCCUGCGGGACGUGCGGCUCAACGGCUCGGCCGCCAGCCACGUCCUCCACCAGGACAGCGGCCUGGGCUACAAGGACUUGGACCUCAUCUUCUGCGCCGACCUCAAAGGGGAAGCCGAGUUUCAGACUGUGAAGGAUGUGGUCUUGGACUGCCUCUUGGAUUUCUUACCCGAAGGCGUGAACAAGGAGAAGAUCACGCCGCUCACCCUCAAGGAGGCUUAUGUGCAGAAAAUGGUAAAAGUAUGCAAUGAUUCAGACCGAUGGAGUCUCAUCUCCCUGUCCAACAACAGUGGCAAAAAUGUGGAGCUGAAAUUUGUGGACUCUCUGAGGCGGCAGUUUGAAUUCAGUGUCGAUUCCUUUCAAAUCAAGCUGGACUCCCUGCUGCUUUUUUAUGAGUGCUCAGAGAAUCCGAUGACUGAAACUUUUCACCCGACUAUCAUUGGUGAGAGCGUCUAUGGGGAUUUCCAGGAAGCCUUUGAUCACCUCUGCCACAAGAUAAUCGCCACCAGAAACCCAGAAGAAAUCAGAGGAGGUGGUCUUCUGAAGUACUGCAACCUUUUGGUAAGGGGCUUUAGGGCUGCCUCCGAAUCCGAGAUUAAGUCCCUGCAGAGAUACAUGUGUUCACGGUUUUUCAUUGACUUCUCAGACAUUGGAGAACAGCAGAGAAAGCUGGAGUCCUACUUGCAGAACCACUUUGUGGGAUUAGAGGACCGCAAGUAUGACUAUCUCAUGACCCUUCACGGUGUGGUGAAUGAGAGCACAGUGUGCUUGAUGGGACAUGAGAGGAGACAGACUCUGAAUCUGAUCACCAUGCUGGCCAUCCGGGUCCUAGCCGAGCAAAAUAUCAUCCCCAAUGUGGCCAAUGUCACCUGCUAUUACCAGCCAGCCCCAUACGUAGCAGAUGCCAACUUCAGCAAUUACUAUAUUGCCCAGGUUCAGACGGUGUUCCCUUGCCAGCAGCACACAUACUCUACUUGGCUGCCCUGUAAUUAAGGACCGAAAUUAGUAGACCCGGUGGGGAGAACGUUUUCUAAGACGUAGGAAGGGGUGACGCAUCCCUUUGAAAUGGGGUGUUUUGUGCAAUGAUGAUCUGCUCUGGUUUGCAAGCUUGGGAAAAGCCUGUGGUUCUCCUAAUAAAUAACGGGAGCAUGAUCGAGAAAGAACCCCAAAAUAAUUGGAUCCUACCCCAGAGCACAAGAGGCCUGUCAUUAAAAGCAACCAGCUUCCCCUGAAAUAAGUGAGGGAGGAAUGCUUGAUGACAAUAUGGGUUGGCAAUAUCUGCUCCCAUAGCUUUGGCAUAGAGAAGGUGGGAAAGCCUUAUUUUCUUUUAUUUUUAUUCUUACUCUAGAAUGGGAUCUACAAAAGGGAGAAUAUGAAAGAAACAAAACAAAAAAAAAACAACAAAAAGAAAAAAAUUCACAAAAAAGAAUUCUAUAUAUAUUCAGGAAUUAAAAGUUAGAGGCAUAAAGCAGAGAUAAGCUGAAUAAAAAUGUAUAUUGGAAUUACUGCAUUUGGGGCUUGCAGCAAGUGCCGUCUAUGGAUUGACCGUGUAGAAUGUAUAGCUUGCUUGACUAGAACGCUUUACCAGAAACAGCUUGCUCCAAAUGAACAGUAGUGGAUUGGUACAGUUAUAAAACCAGAAACACGUACGAUGACAAAGUCCAUUAUUUCCAGCUGUGUGCGUGCCUCACAUUUUAAAAAUGUGAGAAUGCAGGAAAACCAGCUGUGGCAAACAGAAUACUCAAGGACCAAAGAUUUCACAAGUAAGUUAUCCGAGCAAAGAAGAUACAGUAGAGUAUAUAUAUAUAUAUAUAUAUAUAAAAAAAAGAAAAGAAAGAUGUUGCUAUAUUUGUACACACCAACAGUAAUCAAAAGUGCCUGAUGCCUUCAUAAAAUUUGAAGUGAGAAAAAAAUAUAGUUUUGUGGUUUAACCAUGCAUUUUGUUUUAUCAGGGACACGAGGAUUAAAAACAAAAAAACCCCAUAAGCUUGUGAAUAAGUGGUGGAGGAAAUGCCCUAUUUUUUUUCUUGGCAAAUACCUGUAUAGAGUUAAUGUUAUGUCAGUGUGCUAUUAUCCUAGGUACGUGUGUGUAUGUGUGUAUAUAUGUUUGUGUGUGUAUAUAUGUAUGUGUUAUAGGUGUAUAUCUAUAUAUAUACACACACAAUAUAUAUUAAUGUGGUCUAGGAAAAUGUAGCAAUUAAGGAAUGUUUAAAUAAAGUACUAUGUGUUUUCCAGUUUGCAACAGGAUGUCAUAGGACAGUGGGCACCUUGCAGUGAAUUUUUAACCCACACCUGAGAAAUUUGGAGUAAAUAAACCAGUCAGGAUUCAGGUGGGAUUCAGAUAAUGUCUUUGGUUGCAAGAACAAGGAUUACAGUAAUUCAGUGGGUUGCUUGUGAGCCAUAAUAAUUCCACAGAUGGAGAAACAUAUGACUAGCUGAUUUUUUUUUUUUAACUAUUUUGUACUGUAAUGCCAUUUUGACAUUUAACCCACUAAUGUUGUGACUGCAUACCUCCAUGAUGUGUAAUUCAGUGGAACGUGGAUCAAAGAUAGGUUUAUUUAAACCCCCUGACAGCUAAAGAAUAUUGUAUUAGUUGGUGAUUUGAACACUAAUUGUUAAUAUUUAAAGGAGUAUUUUUAAUAGAAUGCAUUAUGCAUUCCAGGACCACUAGAAUUUAGCAAAUGUGAAAUGAACCCUUUUUAAGAGUGUUGCACGAUUGCUUAAAAUUAUAUUUUAUAUAUAUAUUUUAUAUAUAUAUAUUUUUAUGCAAAUAUUAAACAUCUUUGAUCUGGUUGUCACACUGCAUUUACAAUUUCAGUACUGUACUUUAUUUAAAUGGAAUCACUUUA